AUGUCCAAAAAGGACAUCUUUAUUAUCUUGCUUGUCUACGUAGAUGAUAUUGUUCUAACUGGAAACAAUGAAGGGAAAGUGACUGAAGUGAAAAAUUUCUUAAAAACUGAAUUUCUAAUUAAGGACCUUGGGCACUUAAAAUUUUUUCUUGGCAUUGAGGUCAUAAAAACUAGUGAUGGGGUGUGUCUCUCACAAAGAAAAUAUUGCAUGGACCUUCUCAAUGAAUAUGGGAUGAGUGGUAGCAAACCCAUUGGUUGUCCUAUUGACCAGAAUCAUGUUCUAACAAAUUUAAUGAAAAAGGAAACCAAUUCGGUUGAUGUUACCCAAUAUCAAAAACUAAUUGAUUACGGAUACGGGUAUGAAUCUCCGUACGUGCAACAAAGUGGAUACGGUGCUGAGAAUGCACCUGUUGAUGAACCAUAUUACCCGACACAGCAAUCGUAUCCGGGUUAUGGGGUAUACGGGGAUGAAGGUGGAUACGGAAGUUACAGUGGAUACGGUGGUGAAGGUGGAUACGGGGGUGAAGGUGGUUACAGUGAAUAUGGGGGCUACGGUAGAUACAGUGGAUACGAUAGAUAUGGGGGUGACGGUGGUUACAGUGGAUACGGGGGCUACAGUGGAUACGAUAGAUCUGGGGGUGAAGUGGUGAGCACCGUAGUAAAGCAACAGUUAGGAAAGCCGGUAGCAAAAAAAAUCGGUUGCCCAUUUUCAUUACUCGUUAUCCGGGACGUGACGAAUGACACGUGGGAGUUAAAAGUGGACUGUGCGAACCAUAACCACGAACCUACGACGAGUCUGUUGGGCCACGCUUUUGUGCGAAGAUUUACUAAAGCCGAAUACAAGCUAGUGGAGCAGCUAACUGCUCAAAACAUGGAGCCACGUAUCAUAUUUCAAACCCUAAGAAAGCAGUUCCCCGACAGCCUGCACGUUCAGAAAGACGUGCAAAAUGCGGUACAAAAAAUUAGAGCGACAAUAAUGGACGGAAAGAAUCCUAUUCAGGCACUGGAAAGCCUGCUGCAUGACCGCCGAUUCAUUUACGACACCCGACAGGAUCCCAAAACAGAUGUCGUAACAGAGAUUUUCUUUGUUCAUCCUUAUUCAAUCACUAUGUGGCGUGCAUUCCCGCACGUGAUGUUGAUCGACGCGACCUACAAAACAAACCUCUACAAUAUGCCAUUUGUCCAGGUUGUGGGUAUGACGUCGACUGGGAAGUCUUUUUGUAUCGCACACGCCGUUAUUUGUAAAGAACGAAGUGGUAACUACGUGUGGGUGCUUGAGCGGAUCAAGUCAAUAUUGCAUGAAUGUAUGAUGCCGCGUGUAAUAGUCACGGAUAGGGAGCUUGCCCUAAUUAACGCGUGUUCUAAAGUAUUCCCAAACGCAACCAGGCUUCUAUGCCACUUUCACAUCCAACAAAAUAUAGCUAGAAAGUGCAAGAAAGGGUUCGAUAAAGAAGAUUGGGGGAAAUUUAUGUCGUACUGGCGGAGAUUGUGCGAAUCUUCAUCAGAGCCCAUGUACAAGUACAACUUGGAGAAAAUGUAUAACCGACUCGUGGUUGCCAACCGAGAAAGUGUCUAUGAUUACGUCUACGAAAACUGGCUCAAAGACUAUAAAGAAAUGUUCGUUUAUGCGUGGACCGAUAAGUGUCGCAACUUUGGUCAGCGCACCACCAACAGAGUUGAGAGCCAGCACGCAAAUUUAAAAAGAUACAUUACGCGCGGGAGUUCAUUGGAGCGAAUAGCAAGAUGCAUCAUUGAUAUAGUUGAAACUCAGUACGAUGAAAUACAAAAAAGUUUCACUGAGAGCAUCGAAAAAAUGAUGAACCACCACAGACACCGAAUAUUGGACAACCUACGUGGAAAGGUUUCCCAUGAAGCACUUGAUUUGCUGGAAAAAGAGCUACUGAGGAAGAUGGAUGUGUUGCGGAAACUUAACGCAUCAUGUGGUUGCCAUAUGUGGCUUAGCAAAGGAUUGCCGUGUGCUUGUAGGCUGGAAAACUACAAAUGUACAGGGCGUAUAAUACAACUCGACGACAUAGAUGUAUUCUGGCGUAAGCUUGACUUGCUCCCGUGUAAACUGGUAGACGAGGAGGUCGAUGUUGUAGCAGAGCUAACUAAUGUGCGGCAACAUUUAGAGGCGCAGUCCCCCGUUCAGCAAAAGAGUUUGCUUUCAAAGAUAAAAGCGGUCUUCAACCCUAAAUCGUCAACCAAGAAACCACCGAUCGUCCAGCAAAAUACCCGCGGUCGGCCUACAUCAAAGAAAGUACAAGAAAGGCUAGAUGAAGCUGCGAGGUUAGACGAAGCUGCGAGACACAGCUCCUAUGGCGAGGACAGCAACGUAUAUACCGCUUCCCCCAAACAUAGGUACGAUUUACCCCGACACAGCUCAUACGUACCGUCAGAGGGCUCUCGUGGAACCGGUUCGGUUAUAAAGUCUGAAAAACCUAAAAUGCAACGAAACAGUUCAACGAGUUAUAAAAACAAGGAGACGCGGGAUGAUAAGGGUUUUCCAUUAAUGAAGGGGGAUGAGCACUUGUUAAGCAUUCAGAGCUUUAAGGAUCAAAUUCCCUCAGAGUUUCACUCUUACAUAUCGCGUAUACAAGAUGUGACCCCAGACGGUCAUUGUGGGUACAGGGCUGUGGCUGUCGGGUUAGGUUUUUCGGAACACGCAUGGUCCAAUAUUCGAAGAGAUUUACUACUGGAGAUUGACCAUAACAAGGCGCGUUGGAAGCAUAUAUUCGAAACAUAUAACAAAGGAGACUUUGAACGAAUACGUAAGAGCAUCGAAUGGCAUUCAUUGAAAGCGUGCGGUCCAAGUCACUGGAUGGAAAUGCCCCAGGUAGGGCUUCUCGUAGCGCAAAGGUAUAAUAUUGUCCUCCACGUGCUAAGCAUCGAAUGGAGCACUACCAUCUUCCCAUUAACGGAUGCCCCACUAGAUCCACGACCUCAAGCGAUAACGCUCGUACAUGUUGACAGGGGACACUUCAUACAUGCUAAGUUGGAAGGAGACUACCCCAUGCCUUUAGCGACCCCGUUGUGGUUGAUACAUCGAUCAAUAGCUGCGGAACGGUGGGAAGAAAUGUAUAGACCGCGGUUACAACACUACUACGAGUUAAUCAAUCCUAAAGCAGACAAAGACAGAGAACCGAGUAUAAAUGAAAUCGAAGAUUAA